CAAGCUGCAGCCAUUUUGGGUCGCACGCCAUCAAAAAACCCAAAGACGCGGAGUCGGUCCGGUGCCGGUGCAAAAAUCGCUCGCAUGGCUCGUAGCAGUGCGCUGACGCGCGCCCUCCUGGCCGCCGUGGCGGCGGCUUUGGGCGUGCUCUACGGAUCGGCCUUCGUGGGCGCUGGCCUGGAUGCCCGAAGUGCGUCGUCUACUCAGAUGCGGGGCUAUCGUCUGGACAAGAUGUUGGAGAGUCCUGAUGACAAGAGCUUGCAAGUCUCUGAAGGCUUCUGGGUGGGCGAGAAGGGUUUCGAGAAGUCCCAGUGGGCCCAGGGCUACCGCUACCGCAUGCGAGCCAGCCCUGAGGAAGUCAAGAAGGGCAUUGACACUCCUCCCAUUUUCCAGCUGGGGCCUUUCAAGAUCAAGUUGGGUGAGAUGCUGGGCGGCAGCGGCAACAACGACAACCUGCGUAGACUAAAGAAGGAGAUCGCUCAGGCCGGCAUCGACGAUCCCAAGAAGAUUGCCGAGAACGAGUACUGGUUGAAGCGCUACGGGCACAAGCGCUGGUUCCCGAAGUACGUGGACCAGUCGGGUGCCAAAGGUCAGACUGGUCUCUUCCGCGGCCUUGCUGCUUGGUCAGGCGGCAAGAUCGAAAGGGGUGAGGUUUAUGAG